CUUACAAAUUCGCAUUCGAAUCACCCCUUUCCAUCCCAUGGCCGGAACCAAACGCUCUUGGGAAGGCCUACCACUUCGCGACGAUCCCAAAUCACAAAUCCCCACAAACACAAUGGCCGAACCUGCGACACACAUCCUCUCAAUGUUCGGGACCUUUCGCGACGAGCUGGAUGGCCACCACGACCGACGCGAGCGACUGAUUAAAACAAGCCGUGACAUAACAGCACUGAGCAAGAAAAUCAUAUUCUCCCUGCAACGGGUCCGAGCAACUAACACGCCCAUCCCCCCCUCUAUCGCCAAAGAAACCCAGUCCCGGUUUACCCAGAUCCUCGAGCUCUUCCGCGCCGUCGUCCCAGACGUCAAGGGCCUGAACAGCUGGCGAUACCUGCGGCAACUUAGUCCCGGGAUCCAAGAAUUCAUCGAAGCCUUCUCCUUCCACCACUAUCUACAAACACAAACGGUCAUCACGCUCGAGCAAGUCUCCGGCUAUCUUCCACGUGAGAUCCUGGUUACGGAUGAAGACUAUAUGAUGGGGUUGUUUGAUUUGACGGGGGAGAUUAUGCGGUUUGCUGUGACGUCGCUUUCGGCUGGCGGGCAUACAUCUUCGACAGAUGCAGAGACAGAGUCAGAGUUGGGGCUACGAAACCUCCCCCGACUGCCCGCUUCACAAGCCGGGGUUGUUCGCGAUCUCCGUGAGAUGCGUGCGCAGUUUGAAUCACUAAGCAUUCCACGUCGGCAUAAUAUGCUCCGCGAUUUCGGGAAGAAGGAGGAUGUAAUGCAGACUUCUGUGGAGAAGGUGGAGCGUGCGGCUUAUGGGAUUUUGGUCCGUGGAAGUGAGCGGCCGGCUGGAUGGGCGCCGGACUUGUCGGCUCCCAUUGAGACGGAGAUAUAUUAAUCUCUUGAGGUAUUGACCGAGUAUAGCUCCGGAGCGUCUGUCUCUGGUUUACUUGUUUCCAGGGACCAUCGUAUGUUAUGAAAUUCAUGGAAUGUAGAAAUCAAACCAUCCUCCUAGUUACGUUACGUUACGUUAUUAUACUUACUCAAAGCUAAAUAUCCCAGAACGCCCUGUCCAAUUCAUCCCAUCAUGUCGAUUCAAUCCAUC